GCCAAGCAACUCCCAUACGUUGUAGAUGUACGUCUGCGAACAAGCUACCUUAGAGACGAGCCCAUCCCAUCCCAUCACCUCUCCCCAUUUCAAAGUCGACAUCCUCUUCUUCUUCAUCCCUCCCUCCCCCCGCGCUCUCUCUCUCUCUCUCUCUCUCUCUCUCUCUCUCUCUCUCUCUCGUCCAUCAGCCAGGGCCGCCAUGAACGGCAAGGGCGGAGACGGCGGAGGGCAGGAGAGCGACGACGACAUGGACAUGCGGAAGCCGCUGCUGGUGAACACGGGGAGCUGGUACAAGAUGGGGUCGAGCCUCACGGCGGGGGCCUCCUCCAUGGCCAUCAUCCGCGAGACCCACGUGUCCGCCUUGCUCUGCACGCUCAUCGUGGCGCUCGGCCCCAUCCAGUUCGGCUUCACCGGCGGCUUCUCCUCGCCGACCCAGGACGCCAUCACCCGCGACCUCAGCCUCUCCAUCUCCGAGUUCUCGGUGUUCGGCUCGCUCUCCAACAUCGGCGCCAUGGUGGGCGCCAUCGCCAGCGGCCAGAUGGUGGAGCACGUCGGCCACAAAGGGGCGUUGAUGAUUGCUGCUGUUCCUAACAUCCUCGGCUGGCUCGCGAUCUCCUUGGCAAAAGAUACUACCUUUCUGUACACGGGGCGAUUGCUUGAAGGAUUUGGUGUUGGUAUCAUAUCCUACACGGUGCCUGUAUACAUAGCAGAGAUUUCUCCUCGGAACAAGAGGGGCGCUCUAGGCUGUGUGAACCCGUUGUCUGUAACACUUGGGAUGGUGUUGGCCUAUGUGCUCGGCAUGCUUGUUCCUUGGAGGAUGCUUGCGCUGAUAGGAACCUUGCCAUGCACAAUACUGAUACCUGGCCUAUUCUUCAUUCCAGAAUCUCCAAGAUGGCUGGCAAAGAUGAACAAGAUGGAUGAUUUCGAAGCCUCCCUACAAGUUUUGAGAGGAUCUGAUACUGACAUCACCUCAGAAGUGAAUGAUAUAAAGACAGCGGUAGCAUCAGCAAACAAAAUGACGGCAAUUCGUUUCCAAGAGUUAAACCAAAAGAAAUUCCGCAUGCCCUUGAUACUUGGAAUUGGCCUGCUUGUACUGCAACAGCUAAGUGGGAUCAACGCCAUACUGUUUUAUGCAGGCAGCAUCUUCAAAGCUGCAGGUGUUACAAACAGCAACUUGGCCGCAUGUGGAGUUGGAGCUAUUGGGCUUCUUGCCACUGGAGCUACAACCUGGUUGCUAGACAGAGCUGGCCGACGGAUCCUACUUAUUAUAUCUUCUGCCGGGAUGACCCUAAGCCUUCUUGCAAUUGCCGUCAUAUUUUUUCUCAAGGACAAUGUUCCGCAAGACUCUGACAUGUAUUACAUAUUAAGCAUGGUCUCCUUGUUUGCUAUUGUGGCUUAUGUGAUCACCUUCUCCUUCGGUAUGGGCGCCAUUCCAUGGGUCAUAAUGUCUGAGAUCCUGCCGGUUAGCAUCAAGAGCCUUGCGGGAAGCUUCGCGACGCUCGCCAACUGGCUGACCUCCUUUGGGAUAACAAUGACAGCAAACUUGUUGCUCAGCUGGAGCGCUGGAGGUACCUUUGCGUGCUACACGCUCGUGAGCACGUUCACGCUCAUGUUCAUCAUCCUCUGGGUGCCGGAGACCAAGGGAAGAACUCUCGAGGAGAUACAGUGGUCAUUCCGGUGAGCUCGGUCGGUAGUCUUCGCGGUAUAUAUGUCGGAAUUAUUCUUCAAGCCGGGCAUCGUCUUCUUUUUACUAGUCCGAUUGCUCGAUGAAGGCCAAUCAUACAGAAGAAAGGAAAAACUUUGUCGUCUGUAUAUUCCUGUACAGACAUUGUUUCAGAUGACUUUGUAGAGGGGGCAUGUAAUUGUUAUGCUCUGUUCUCUUCUCUGGGUUCCGUGCUGGCGCAGCUGGUGGUCAGCUCCCACUGUGAUACCCUGCAAAGGAAAUAAAACAUUGACUAACAAGAAAAUGUCAUAUGCCUAA